AACGAGGGAUUUGUAUUCUCCCUCCACACCCACACUCGGCUGAAAAGCUUGUGAGGGAGUGGGAGAGUUUAAAAAAGGGCUGGACCUGCUCUUCAUUUUCUUCAGGAUCACAAUGACUUGAAUUUGAGGGAGUCCCAUGAGAGACAGAGUGAGCUUCCAACUUUUUUACACGGCAAUGCUGCUGCUAAUUCUGCCUGCAUGACUCUGUGGUGCGUAACUAAGCUGCAGACUCUCAGCUAAGGUCCAACAACUGGAAGAAGACGUUCAACCUAAUAAUUUGCACAUGGGAAUCUGAAUGAAGAAGUUCUCCUUUGUCUUCCUGGAUAUUUUGCAUCACUGAAAGGAGGGCAACAGUUUAAAAAGUGGAGCCCUGAGUCUGUAGCAUUGGAAGCCCUGUGAGGAACGUCAUGGUCCCCUCUCUGCAUUGGCUGCUUCUGCUGUGGAGACUUCAGGUUCUUUGGGCUCAGGACUAUGAAGAAGAAUAUGAAGAUGAGGUGGUAACAACGAGGAGGAAAAACAAACUUCAUACACCAAAUUCCAAACAACAGAAUGGCAAAUCUCUUAUCGAUGAAGACUGCAGUUUGGAGUUAGCCUUUCUGGUCGACAGCUCAGAGAGCGCCAAGGACAACCAUGAACAGGAGAAGCGUUUUGUCUCCAAUGUGAUGGACCGACUGCAGGGCCUCCGGCUGCAGACCGGCCGUGGACUUAGCUCCCGUGCUGCUCUCCUUCAGUACAGCAGCCAAGUUAAGAUAGAGCAGACCUUCAAAGAGUGGAAGGGCAUUGAAAACUUCAAAGCUAGAAUUGCUCCCAUUCCAUACAUAGGCCAUGGCACCUACACCACCUACGCCAUCACCAACCUAACGCGCAUUUACUUGGAGGAGUCAGGAAGCAGCAGCAUCAAGGUGGCCAUCCUACUCUUUGAUGGCAUCUCGCACCCAAGGAACCCAGACAUAUUUGCAGCUUUGGCUGAUGCAAAGAACCAAGGUGUUCGGUUCUUCACCAUAGGAAUCACACCUGAAGCCAAUGAGGCCACCAAUAUUGCACAGCUACGUCUGAUUGCCAGUUCCCCAGGUACCCGCUACCUUCACAACUUGCAAGAUGUUGGCAUUGUGGAUAAGAUCAUCAAGGACAUUACAGCGCUGGCAGAUGAAGGUUGUCCAUUGGCCAAGAGCCCAUGUCUAUGUGAGAAGGGUGAGAGAGGACCCAGUGGCCCUCUGGGGAAAAAAGGACGUCCUGGAGAAGAUGGAAGCCCCGGCCCCAAGGGACAGAAGGGUGAAAGUGGUUUCAGCGGACUUCCAGGUCGGGAAGGGCCAGAGGGUAAACCAGGAUACAAAGGAGAGAAGGGAGAGAGAGGAGAAUGUGGUACACCAGGCAUUAAAGGAGACAGAGGUCCUGAAGGUACUAUCGGUCCAAGUGGAAAACGUGGACUUCAGGGUUUGCCUGGUCAACCAGGUGAUAUGGGACCAGAAGGAAUCAUGGGCAGAAAAGGGGAACGGGGGCUUCCUGGACCACCUGGAAUCCAAGGUGAAACAGGGAUCGGCCUUCCGGGACCAAAGGGGGAUGCCGGUUUCCAGGGGCAACCAGGGCCUCCCGGUCCUCCAGGAAUUGGCGAGCCUGGACUGCCUGGACCUCAAGGGCCACAGGGAGUCCAAGGAGAGAGAGGAAUGACAGGAGAAGGUCUCCCUGGACCAAAGGGCGAGCGAGGCAUGGAGGGGCCACGGGGACCCAGAGGACAGCCGGGCCUUGGAAUCAAAGGAGACAAGGGGGAUUUUGGUCCUCCAGGGUUUCCAGGGCCCCUGGGCCUCCCAGGUGUAGGCAUCCAAGGAGAAAAGGGAACAGAAGGUCCAAGGGGGCCACCAGGAAUACGAGGCCUACCAGGAGAGGGUUUUCCUGGACCUAAGGGAGACCAAGGGCUGCCAGGUGAAGUUGGGGCUCCAGGGGAAAGAGGAGCUGGUGAGCCCGGUGCAAAGGGUGAGCCAGGAUCACCAGGACUGUCAGGUUUGCCUGGGCUUCCUGGAGAGGAUGGCGCUCCAGGACAAAAGGGUGAACCAGGAGCCGUUGGUCUUAGAGGUCCAGAAGGCGCACGUGGGAUUGGUACUCAGGGUGAAAAGGGUGACCAAGGCCAAAGGGGAAUAAGAGGUCUGACAGGUCCACCUGGCAUUGCUGGACCCUCGGGACCAAAAGGAGAACCAGGGGCACAGGGAAGGCCGGGUUCCGCUGGUCCACCAGGACGUUUCAUUACUGGACCCAAGGGUGAUCCUGGCCCAAGUGGUCCUCCUGGUCCAAUUGGGGAGACUGGCUAUGGACUUCCUGGCCCAAAGGGGGAUCGAGGUGAUCCAGGCCCUACCGGUCCAAUUGGUCCAAAAGGAGAUGGCUAUCUCGGCCCCAUGGGUCCUCCUGGUCUGCCGGGGCUUCCUGGAGAACCUGGGUCAGAGGGUGUGGGCAUCCCGGGACCAAAGGGGGAUGUUGGAUUCCGAGGAUUGCCCGGUCUACCUGGACCUCCGGGUGAAGGCAUCCAAGGACCUCCGGGUAACCCCGGGCGAUCAGGUCCACCAGGCCCAAUGGGGCCACAGGGACUAGGACUUCAAGGUCCCAAGGGUGAACAGGGGGCCCAGGGUGUGACAGGGCCCAGAGGUUUACCUGGAGAGGGCUUUCCAGGACCCAAAGGUGAUCGAGGUUCGUCAGGAGAGAGAGGGGUUAAAGGAUACAAGGGAGAAAUGGGAGAUCCGGGAACGCCGGGACAAUCUGGUCUGCCGGGUGUAAAAGGGGAAGCAGGCCUCACUAGAGAGGACAUCAUUCGAAUGAUCAAAGAGAUCUGUGGAUGCGGGAUCAAGUGCAAGGAGAAGCCCAUGGAGCUGGUGUUUGUCAUUGACAGCUCAGAGAGUGUGGGCCCAGAGAACUUUGAGAUCAUCAAGCAUUUUGUGACCACUCUGGUGGACCGGGUCACAGUAGGCCGCAACGCCACCAGGAUUGGUCUGAUAUUGUACAGCUUGGAGGUAAAGCUGGUGUUCAACUUGGCCCGCUACAACACCAAAGAGGACAUAAAGGAGGCCAUCAGGAACAUCCCAUACAUGGGCGAGGGCACACAUACUGGUACAGCCAUCCGUAAAGCCACACAGGAGGCCUUCUACAGCUCACGCAUGGGCGUCAGCAAAGUGGUCAUCGUGAUUACCGAUGGGCAAACGGACAAACGGGAGUCCGUCAAGCUGGAUAUAGCCGUGCGAGAAGCCCAUGCUGCCAACAUUGAGAUGUUUGCCCUGGGAAUUGUAAACACUACGGACCCAACACAGGCCGACUUCCUGAGAGAGCUCAACCUGAUCGCCUCUGACCCAGACAGUGAGCACAUGUUCCUGAUCGAUGACUUCAACACUUUGCCAGCUCUCGAGUCCAAGUUAGUCAGUCAGUUCUGUGAGGAUGAAAAUGGAGCCUUGAUUUACAACAGAAUAACAAAUGGCUACAACGGCCAAGGAAACAACGGCUACAAUGGCAACAGAAUUGGUACUGGGAGCUACGCGACUGGUGGUUAUGGGUACAGGCCCAUAACUCAGCAGGACAUACUCAACAGUCGACGGACUGACCUUAACUCUGGUGCCGGCACUCACAGCCAAGGCGGUCAGGUAGAAAUGACCCAGCAGGGCAGCAAAGGAUCCAGCAAUGUCCACGAUGCAGGGGGGCAGCGUGUGACCACAGUAAUAACCAACCCAGGAAGUGAACGUGGGGACACAUUUAACCGUGGCACCUCAGACUACAGAACUCCACCUCCUGCCAGAGAGGGCUCAUCUGCUAGUGGAGGGUCUUUCUCAUCUUCAUCCUCUACAAAUAUAAGCACAUCAUCUUCAGGUGUUUCUGCACAGUAUGUGCCUCCACCAAGGCCAGCUCUUCCUAAAGAGACCGUACCCUUGGACCCUCGCUGUGGGCUGGUUCUGGACCAGGGAACAUGUCGAGAGUAUAACAUCCGGUGGUACUACGACAAGCAGGCCAACGCUUGCGCCCAGUUCUGGUAUGGAAGCUGCGGUGGCAACAGCAACCGCUUUGACACAGAGGAGGAGUGUAAGAGGACAUGUGUGGUUUCCAGAGUCACAGGAGGCUGAGUGAAGACAUCCAUCCUACACCUGUGGUAGAAACUUCAAGGAGGAGCCAUAAACUGCUGCCAUUUUCCACCAGAUUACAGAAAGCUGGGUUACAAUUUCUCAGGCAAAUACAUGAACAUUUCAGCUUCUGGUAUUUUACAGCAAAAUGAUUCUGUACAAAAAAUGUGAUGGAGAUCCAUGAUUAUUUCUACUCAGGUAUACAGAUGAGCACUCCUGUCUGCUUCCCUCAUACUCAUUGAGUGCUGUGAAAAUAGUGAAAAGACAGAUGGUUUGCACCAUAUGGACAAUCAUAACUCUGCAACUAACCAAACAGCAUCAGUGAACUGAUGUGGUGUAAACCAAACUGUAGCUAUAAGUUCUUCAUAUUUAGGUUCUAAAGUUCAGAGCCAUUAAGAGGUUCAGUUUCAUAACUUAUGUCAGUAGCAUUUUAAAUGUCUUGAAUCUUCCCUAAUUUCUCAAGAUUUUUGCUUUCAAGCAGUCAAACUUGUCAUGUGAUCAUGUGAUCUUUUAAGUGAUCUUGAUCAAUAGUUGGUCAGAUUUUCUGAAGGUCUUUCUCUGGACCAGGAGUGUUUUCAGUGCACUACCUGUUCAUUUUCAGAGGAGAUAGUUUUUUUUUAAGCUACAUUGAUCUAUGUAUCAUUCUAGAAUGGACACCUGAAUUUCCACAUCUGGUAUAUGAAUAUUGUAUUAAUAUUAGAUUUUUAUUACGCAGUCGAAAUGUUCUUUUUGUAGCCAUGUGUCAUGAUUUGGGGUUAUUUGGUUUUUGGUUUCGGUGAUUUUCCUUAUGUUUUUCACUGUUCAAGUUUUGAAUCAUGUUUCUGUUUAUUUUCCCGGUCAUGCUUUUGUUUUGUCGUCUUGUUCAU